UCAACGUUCUUCCGUCCCCCGAGCGUAGUCCCCUCUUUCUCGUGGUUCUCCCGUCCCCUCGCGUCCGCUCUCUUUCUCUCGUCGAACUGGCGACGACUGGGCGACUGCUGCUGCCGCCGCGCUACGUUCAGGAGCUCAGGUCUUGUUCGGGCCCUUCGCCGGAGACGUGCACCCAGCAGAAUGGGCACAGGAGUUCAAGUUAUGUUCAUCAUCAGUCUUGUGCUCUGGUGUACUACAAGCUUUGCUAUGGAUGAUGCUGCUGCUACAAGGAUUCCAAAUGUGGGCACAUUAUCUCUGUCAAUGAAGGAAAAUCCGCAAUUAUGCCAACUUUGUGAGGAGUUUGCGUCAGAAGCCCUGUUCUAUCUAAAUGAAAAUGAGACCCAGACUGAAAUCAUUGAUACACUACACCAAGCUUGUUCAAAGUUUCGCUCUUUUAAGCUGGAGUGCACGAGUUUGGUCGAUUAUUAUGCCCCUCUUUUUUUCACAAAAAUUACUUCAUUAAGCCCUGAAGAGUUUUGUGCAUCGUUAAGUUUUUGCGGGGAGGUAACAUUUAUUCGUCUUCCAAGACAUGAAGAUACUUGCACCCUUUGCCAUGAGGUUGUCAAUGAGAUUGUUACUAACCUUGAAGAUUCAGACAUGGAGCUUAAGAUAAUUGAGAUACUUCUGAAAGGAUGCAAUAAUGCAGAGAAUUUUGUACAAAAGUGCAGGACGUUGAUAAUCCAAAAUGCACCUAUCAUAAUGGAGCAUAUUAAGAAGUUCCUCGAGAAGAGAGAUUUCUGCAAUUCUAUCCAUGUGUGUGGAGGUAAAUCUGUUCGUGCUGGAUCACAAAUCCUCAGAAGCCUUUCUUCAGCGUGAACCGUGAAAUCGUGAACUUGCACGAACAGUUAUUGGUGUAAAAAGGAGUCCAGGCGCUAUGUGAGCCCCGUGUGACAUGGACUGUACAGUUUUUUUUUUUGGUUGAAAUCUGGACUGUACAGAAUUGGAUGAACAUGUUAAAAGGAAAACAAAACUGAGAUACAAACUUAUGCUGUUUAUGGGUCAUGAGCAGGGAGUGUAUAUUUGAACUGUAUAUCGUUAUACCUUAGAUAUCAUGUUGCUCCAUAUAUGUAUUAGUGUUUGGUAACUAUGCCAAGUGCAGUUUGAUCUUUCAUGAUGUAAUACAGGAUUAUUCGUCUAAAGCUUCCUGAAUUCGUUAUAAUUA